AUGACAGAGUCACUCAAGCUCGGCUUCGUAGGCCUCGGAGCCAUGGGUCUUCCAAUGGCCUCAAAUCUCAUCUCCAAGGCUCCUGGAGAUUCGACUCUUUUUGUCUACGACAUUCUUGAGGGUUCCAUGAACAAAUUGGCUCGGAAACACCCCAAAUCAGUUGAACUUUGCCGCUCGCCGAGAGAGGUGGCUCAAAAAGCUGAAAUAAUCUUUACCAUGCUUCCAGAAGGAUCUCAUGUUCGUGCUGUAUAUCUGGACCCCACGACUGGCAUCUUGCACCCUGACCUGUCUGCCCGCCUGCUUGUCGACUGCUCCACCAUCGACACCAAAACUUCACUGGAUGUUGCCAAUGAGGUUCAAAGCCAAAAGUCCAAGCCGGCCUUUUACGACGCUCCCGUAUCGGGAGGGACUUUAGGUGCGGAAGCUGCCUCGCUGACCAUCAUGGUCGGAUGUGCCGACGAUGGCUCGGAUGAACAGUUUCACCUACUGAAUGGGUUGCUGAGUCUGAUGGGUAAGACAGUCAUUGCUUGUGGCGGACUGGGAAUGGGCCUUACAGCGAAGCUCUGCAAUAACUACUGUUCUGGUUUGAUCUCUCUUGCUACUGCCGAGGCCCUUAAUAUUGGCAUGCGGUCAGGCAUGGAUCCACGGGUGCUAGCACGCAUCUUUGCCACCAGCACGGCGCAAAGCACCAUUUGCGACAAAUGGAACCCGGUGCCCAAUAUCUGCCCCGAUGCUCCUUCGAGUAAGGGGUACGCUGGAGGUUUCAAGGUCCAGUUGAUGGCCAAGGACUUUGGUCUGGCUGUUGCAGCCGCCAACGGGGUUGGCGCAAAGAUGCUACUCGGUAACGCGGGGCUGGAGGCGUACAGGGGAGCCAGCCAGGACGAAAGCUGCAAGGACUUGGACUCGAGGGUCUUGUUUAGAUACAUUGGGGGCCAGGAGGACUGGGAUGAGAAAUCCUCGUGA